CUUCCAUAAUUUUUGUUUCAGUCCAAAAACCUAACUUAGACACUUAGUAGCUAGCUUGUCCUAUAAAUACCUCCUCCUAUACAAAGGACAUCCUUAACUUGUUUUAUUUCUUCAAAUUUUAUUGCUAUAAAAUGGAUUCAAGUGUAUCCAUUCUUACCAACUUUGUCACUCCAUGGGAGCUCCAAACCCAAAAGAAAAAUAAUUCCAUCACCCAUUCUCCAAAAAACUCCAUUGUGCAAAAACAACACACAAAUGUCCCCAAGAGCUUCAUUUGGUCUCUUGAUGACAUUAACCAACCUAAACAAAAACUCGACGCCCCGAUAAUCGACCUUGAAGGGUUCAUUAGAGGGGAUGAAAUGGCCACCAAAGACGCGGCCGAGCUUCUUAAGGAUGUUUGCUCAAACCAUGGUUUUUUCCAAGUGAUCAACCAUGGACUUGACCCUAAACUCCUAAAGGAGGCAUAUGAUAAUAUUGGUCAUUUCUUCAUGCUACCAACAACAUUAAAGGCAAAGGCUUUGAAGAAGCCGGGUCAGUUAUGGGGCUUGUCUGUUGCUCAUGCUGAUCGUUUGUCAACUAACUUACCUUGGAAAGAGACGUUAUCUUUUCCGCACCAUGCCAUGAACAACGACGAUUCCGCAAUUGAUUACUUUACCUCGGUGUUGGGCACUGAGUUUGAGCAUAUCGGGGCAAUUUACCAGAAUUAUUGUAAUGAAAUGCAUAAGCUAUCGCUUAUUAUACUUGAACUAUUAGCUAUCAGUUUGGGAGUAGAUCGAUCCUACUACCGCGAUUUCUUUGAAGAUGCUAAGUCAAUCAUGAGAUUGAACUACUAUCCAUCUUGUGAUGAACCAGAUCUAGUUUUAGGAACAGGGCCACAUUGUGAUCCAACAUCUUUGACAGUGCUAUACCAAAACGAAGUUGAAGGUCUUGAAGUGUUUGUCAACAACAAAUGGCAAGCAGUAGAACCUCGUGCUGAUGCUUUGGUGAUUAACAUUGGGGAUACUUUCAUGGCAAUGACGAAUGGGCAAUACAAGAGUUGCUUGCAUAGAGCAGUGGUGAAUGAGAAGGUAGCGAGAACGACAAUGGCAUUUUUCCUAUGCCCAAAAGAAGACAAAGUAGUAAAACCACCAGAAAGUCUAAAUAAGCCAAGGAAGUACCCUGAUUUUACAUGGUCUGAUUUUGUGUUGUUUACUCAAAAACAUUAUCGAGCUGAUGCCAAUACUCUUGAAAGCUUCACCAAUUGGAUGUGGUCAAGGUUGUCUUCAGAUGAUUCUAAGAAAAUCAAUCUGGAAGUCUAAACUUUCAUUACCAAAAUAUUAAAUUCAUAUAUUACUGUGUAAGUCUGAAAUUCUCAAGAAUAAGAUACUAAAAUGUUCUUAUAAUUAAUUUCAUUUUUUAUUGGGCAUGAGUUGUCUUCUUUCUUAGGUUUCAAUAGAACUUUCUACAUUAAGUUAACAAAUGACAGUACUAAAAAGCUAUGUAGCACUGAUACGGGUACGGGAACGGAUACGGGUACGGGUACGGGGACGGAAAACGGCAAAAUUAAAAUUUCCGAAAACGGUACGGCUGAGAUUCGGCAAAAAAAAAUGUAAAUACAUUUUAAUGAAAAAUAUUAGGUUCAUAAAUCUUUGUUUAUUUUUAUACAAAAAAUUAAAAAACAUACAUAUAAAACAUAUAUAAACUUUCCUUUUUAGAAUAUUUAAAAAAAGAUAUUUUACCGAAAAGCAUAUAAGAUUAUGAUAAUUUGAUUUAGCAAAAAAAACAAAAAAAAAGAAAAGAAGCAAUAGAGAGAAGACAAACUGACAAAGUAUAAAGACUACAAUUUUUUUUUAGAACAUUGACAGCUGUACUACACCUGUACACCAAUAACACCACCCUCACCCUCUUACUUUCACGUGACAUCUCAGUAUCUCACAUCUUCAUUAGUUAAACCUUUCCCCUUCACCAAAUCACCAGUCACCACUAACACAACCCACCACCGCCACUAUCACACUGCCACCACUGUACCCACCCAGAUCUAAACCACCCAACCCCCUGAAACCACCCGAACCACAAAUCGGGCCCACCCCCUGAAAAUAAAAAAGUAAACCAGAACGGAGAGGAGAACAACGGAGGGAAGAGCGAAGAAGGGUCGUUAGAGAUACGCCGGAGCACAACGGAGGGAAGAGCGAGAGUUUCGAAGAAGUGCUGAGUCUUCUGAGUUCUCAAUUUCGACGGCCAAAAACGUACCCAGCCCCGUACCUAGAUGAAGACCACCGUACCCAUUAAUUUGCCCCGUACCCACGUGCCCGGAAUCGUUUUGGGUACGAAUCCCAGGCGAAUCUGUCACGUACCCGUACCGUACCCGUACCCGGUACGGGAAACGGCGCCUGAGAGGC